GAGAAGGAAGAUGGCGGACAGUUGUAUGAUGGCGCUGUGACUGAAUCGUAUGGGCCAUUACCGUCACACGCAGUUGACAUGGCUCCUUCGCACAAUGUUGUGCUGUUGGUGGACACUGCGGAGUCUUCUGAUAAGAGCCGGCUCAGGCGGGUGUCCCUCAGGCUACUCAAUUUCCUAGCUUGUCGUGCGGGCCUGGGCCAGGUCAGGUGGAGUUACCGCUUUUUAAACUCUUCGGGUGGUCGCUGUCGGCCUCCACGUCGCUCCGACUUGCGAGAACUUGGUCCCCGAGGUUGGGAAGAGUUUGAAGAUGAGCUGGAGGCAUGUUGGGAGCGGGCACGGAAUUGCCGGCCCUCCAGUACCCAGAGCUCUAGGGCGCAGCUGCUCCAGACUGCCCUGAUGGAGACAUUAGCAGAUUUCCAGUGGGACAGGCCCGACAUUACUUCUCCUACUAAACCCACUCUACUGAGAAGUCGCAGGGGGCGAAUUGUCGCGGCGGACGAACCCCUGAAAGCUGAUUCUCCUGAUAAUCUUAUUAAUCCCCACAGCAGAAACAGCAUAUUCCUUCUGUCGUCCUGUCCUCACUCCGGCACCGAGCUUGGACAAUUUGCAGCGACAAGUGGCGACUUUAGCACUCAGAAAGUAAUGGACAAACUCCUUCCCAAGAGCCUGCAGAAGAUUGUCAGCAGCAAGAGAGUCCGUGUGUACUGGCUGGACACCUCGGAUUGGACACAGUUUGGGAGUUCCUCUGAUCAUUCUGGUUAUUGGACAAUAGUGGAGUUGAUGCAUCUAGUGGAAGGAAGAAUUUUGCCAUCAGAAUCUAUACUAGGCUUUUCCUGUCAAAAAGCAAAGACACUUCCUUCAUUCUCUGUACCACCAAUCAAUAUCCCUUUCGAGUCUGUUUUGAAUUACUUGAUCUUCAGUGAACCAGAUUACCAGCUAUGGUUUCCUCGGCGAGAUGGCAUAUUAUUCCUCACUGGAAAGGAUGGGACAAAACAGUUGGACUGCGCUGUUUCUUUAGAGCCUGUUUCAAUGAUUCAAAAACUGUCAACCAGUUUAAUGACCAUUGAAUUAAAAGGAACGAUGCAAAACUGCAACCUGCCCCUAGCAGGUUUAAGAGUGGAGACCUGGCUGCUUCAUAAUUCAGAUUGUGUUCAGCUUCAGAAAUUGACAAAGGAGCUAAUGUUCAAAGAGCUACAUAUGAUUGCAACUGUAACCUUGGAGGAUGAUGUGUUACCCAGGACUGGCAUACUGUCUCCGCUUUCAGAAACUGCUGCAGUGCUUAAUGUGAUAUGUAGUGAAAGAACUCUGGGACUAGAUAAUCUGCAUGUACAAGGCUCAGUUCAUGAAACUGAUAAGGAAACUUUCUCUGACCUGCCAGAUAUUGUAAUGAGUGUACUAAAUCAUGUAUACAGCUCUGAAGAUAACACAUUGGCACCUGAUUUUCCAGUUCCAGAGUGGAUUAAACAAGAACUGUCCCAAAGCAGUAGGUGGACGUCCUCUGUCACUGCAAGAUGGUACCCUUUGUCUGGAGUCUCGGGUGCUAGCUGCAACCUAAUGGAAUCCUUCAGGUUAAUAAAUGCUGCAUCUUCUAACUGUGAUGAACAUCUAAAGUUUGAUCAAGAGUUGACAAAUCAUUUAUCUGAGUUUUAUCAGAAAAAGUCUGUUGAUGAUGCAGGACUUGGAGUACAUAGAGAAAACCAAAAGAAAAGUGGUCUUCCUCGUACUCCAGUGAGACAAAAGAUGAAAACCUUGCCUCGGGCCCUACAGAUGCUAAAUGCUGCCAGGUUAAAUGUAAAGGCUCAGAAGGCAGAUAGUAAUUUGCCAGUACCUAAUGAGAAGAAUUCACAGAUGAAGAGAUGCUCAUCAGGAAAGCAGGACAACAAACCAAAGCAGUUGAAGCCUACUGAGUUUCAGUCGGAAGAUGAUUUGAUUUCCUACAUAAAAGAAAACUAUGAAAAAGCUGUAUCUUUAGUAGACCAUUCAACGAUGACAUGGGCCAGGGAUACAUUAACAACAAUAAAAUCCUACUUGAAAUCAAUUGGCAGUGAACAGAUUGAGACGGAAGCUAUAGAUAAAGUCAAACUUCUCUUCAAGACCAGCAAAGUUAUCAGGCAAAAUUAUAGAAAUAACCAGGACAAAGAAGUUAAACUGAAAGAAUGCCAGUUGCAAGUAUUUUUGAGAUUAGAGAUGUUUGUGCAGUGUCCAGUAAUACAAAUGGACUCUGAUGAACUGGAGCUGAUUGUCGAAGAGAUUACAGAUAUACUACGCAUUGUAUCUUUAACCGAAGAUCCAUUGUUUCUAACAAAGUUUCUGGAAGUCGAUGUCCUUACACAAUACAUUGCAUCUGUACCAAAAAUCCUGGCAGACAUCUACUUCAGUCUUGGGACUCAGAUUCCUGAAGUACUUGCUCUGGUUCUUCCUUCUGAUGGCGAUGACUCCAUAAUGCACGAAGAGAAAUCUGUAAAGUCUCAGCCAUCUACCUCUAGAGUCCCAAGUGUGGCUCCAAUCGGUGCAGAGACAGAUCAGCUUGAAGAUCUACGUACCAGAUCUGCUAAGAAAAGAAGGUCAACUGCUUUGGCAAGGCACAGGAGUGUAGCAGAAAGCUCUCAAAGUUUCCGGCAGAUUGAAGUGCCUAAGAGGCAACCAAAUAAAGAAAAUGUGCAAUCUAAUGCUGUCGUAGUGCUUGAGAAACUAAAGUUACCUCUUCCAGCUCAACCACAGAAAGAUGCUGAAGCAAAAGUAAGAAGAAACUUGUUUAUCCAAGAGACGCGUUCACCAUCAAAAAGAUGCAGUAAAAUGCCAAGAAGCCAGUCUGUUUCUGCAGUAGAAAGUCUGAAGCGGAAACGCAGCAAAUCUCAUGAUGGCAGCAAAGAUCACCACAAGUUAUUGACAAAAAAAGUAUCUGAGACCCCUGUUCACAAACAGACUGCAAACAGGCUUCUUCUAAGGCAGAUCAAAGGACGGCCUUCUGAGUCAAACUCCAACAUCAGCAUUGUUGAAGAAUCUCCAGAAAAAGAAAUCCGAGAUAUUGAUUUACGAAGAAGCCCACGCAUUAAGCAGCUAUCUUUAACAAGGAGGAACUCCUCAUCUUUUUAUGCAUCACAGCCAAAAUCGCGUAAUCUGGAACGGGUGAAUUCUGCAACCCAGUUGCAAAAGUCUAGAGAGCGACCAGGUAGCUGCUCAAUUUCUGAGGUAAAAACGCCUAAAAGGCUCCUUUUUGGGGAAGUCUUGGGAAUGAUUAGUCCUCCUACAACCAAAAGAUCUAGAAGAAUUCUGGACAUGGUUAACCCUGUUUAUAAGACUCCAGGAAAAACUCCUAGGAAAACUCCAAGCAAAAAUAUUCCUAAUUUCGAAGACCAGUCAGGAAAUAUGCUCCUUAAAUCCCCUUGCACACCAUACACACCACAUACUCCAUCCAGAACUCCCAAAAGGUUAAAAACCCCAUCCAAAGGUUCAACAGAAAGGAAAAAAGCUGCUAAAAACUUAGGGAAAUUAUUCUCUCCAUCUAAACCAGAGGAGAAAUCUCCUUUGAAGCUUUGGGGAAGGAGAAGCGAGAGACUAGCACAAAUGACUCCUGGAAAAGAUGGGUCACCAUAUAAGCAAUCUGUUUGUCAGACUUUAAUGGAAGUAAAGACACCUCAAAAGUUACAAAGACUGGAAAGUAAGGAUUUCAGAACACCUUCAAGGACUCCUACGAGAAGUAAUAACACUACUCCUGCAAAGCAAAGUCUGCAGAUCUCAAACACGCCGAGGAAAUCCGAUCUCAAACACCCCCAGGAGCAUGAGUCUCGAGGACCAUCAGGAUAUAUCCUUUGGACACCACAGAAGCGUAUUUUGGCUUCUGUUCCCCAUACACCAAUUCUUCAGACACCACAGAAACCUAUUUCGGCUUCUGUUCCGAGAACGCCUGUGUGUCGGACCCCACAGAAAGCAAUUUUGUCUUCUGUUCCAAGUACACCUGUCUGUCAGACACCAAACAAAGCAAUUUUGACUUCUGUUUCGAGGACACCCGUGUAUCAGACCCCGCAGAAAGCUAUUUUGGCAUCUGUUAUGAGUACACCCGUGUAUCAGACACCACAGAAACCUGUUUUGGCUUCUGUUCCAACUACACCUAUCCUUAAAACACCACAGAGAUCUGCUUUGGCUUCUGUUUCUCAUACACCAUCGCCAAAAAAAUACAUUAUGAAGGAACUAACUGUUGCUAUAACUCGAAUGCGAGAAUGCACUCCUGAAAAAGUACUUGGUUCAAAUUUAUCGUCAUCAGCUACUCCCUCGUCUGCACUCAAGUCCUUUUGUUCAGAAAAAACAUCAUCUGUUUGUCAGACACCUAAGAAAUCAUCUAUUGCAUUGCUCAAACCUUGUGAUUCGCUAGAGUUUUCUGGUGCACCUGAACGUCUGAUGGAUUCACUUUGCAGUAAUAAGGACAGUACAAAAGCAGAGACUGCUUGCACUGUGCCUUCCCAGAUUUCUACGCAAAUGCAGAAUGUAAUAAAUGCUGGUGAGUGUACUGAUUCUCUCUCCCAGACAUCUGUUUCAUCGCCAAGUAUUCCUUUUACAGAUAAAAGCUUGUCUCCAGAUCUAAAAGAUGCUUUAUCCGAUGUUACAUCAUCAAAAGCUGAAGGGGUUACAAUAGUAAGUGAAAAACUUGACUCGUCUUCUAUGAACAGCCAGGAAGCUACAGACUCUUUUAUUAAUAGCUCUCAAACAGAGGAAAGUAUUGAUAUUUCAGAAGCUCGAGUUGUGUCAACAGAAGCAUCUGAGCUGAAGAUGAAAGUCCUCAUUACACGAAAACCUUCUGGCUCAGGAGUAAGUUAUCUGCCAACCACUCCAAAGUGUCUGGGAAAUGUGUGUUCCACAUCAACAUAUGGUUUACGGUGCACUCCCGACAGAAGACAGAGAGAAGCUGCUGCACGACUCGGAACUCCCGAGAUUCCUGCAAAGUUCUCUACGCCAAAGAGUCACUGCAAAAUGAUUCCUCAGUCAAUAUAUGAGGUUGAGCUUGAAAUGCAGGAGUCUGGUUUACCGAAACUCCGCUUCAAGCGAACAGAUUCAAAUUCCACAAUUGAUAUGGAUGUUAACAAAACGCCAAAGAUCUCCAGGAAAAGAAAAGGAGAUGAAAGCCCCUUCAAUGAGAAGUGGUGUAGUAAACAUGCAGUAAGGACUGAACCUGCUUGUGUUUCCCCUUCCUGUGUGCGAACUUCUCAUUAUACUCCGGGGAAAAGUGGAAUCCAAACUUUUAUUUGUCAGUCUUACACACCUAACAGGUGUCUUUCCGCUGCUGCUUCUCCGUCUCAGUCAGAUGCAGGGGUUCCUUGGACACCAUCUCCAAAGGAAAAACUUAGCACAGAUGUCAUUAAUAGCUGGCCUAGGAAGAAAAAAGCAUCAGCUCUGUGCACAAAUCUUUUAAAAUGUGAUAAGAUUCCAGAAUAUGCAGAAGAAGAUGGAGGCGAUUUUGAGCUUGAAGGAGUCUCUAAACUUUUGGAGAAGUCUCCAGUUAUUGAACAGCAAAGUAAAGUUGAUGGAGGGACUUUUGGACUUAGGUCUCGAAAACGAGUUUUCAGUCUUGUGUCCCCUACCAAAGAAACGGAAAAUCCUGUCAAAAGAGUGUGCACAUUUAAUAGACACGAGGAUAGCAACACGGCCACACACCGACACCAAACCAAGGAAGAAAUGGAAAUCUUCUCUUCAGACCAAAGUCGGUCCUCUUAUUUAAGCUCUUCACAGCAAAGCAUUUGUGAUGAUGUUUUUAAUAUGUCAGAUUUUACCCCACCCAGCAAGGUACCGAAAAAUCCUUUAUCCGCCUGUGGUCUGCUGACCCUUACUCAGUCUCCUUUGUUAUAUAAAGGAAAAACACCGUCGUCCAAGCGAAAAGAGAAAAUUCAAGAUGUGUUUUCUGAUGGUGACAGUGACCAUGGAACACCAACACUGAAAAGACCGACAAAUCCAGCAGCUGUUUCCGAUGAUUCUCCCUUCCGCAAAGUCAAUCCUCUGCGUUCUAUCAGCAAAACUUAUAGCCGCAAAAAACUCAUUACAUAA